AUGGGCGGCGUUACCUCAUCCAUGGCGGCCAAGUUUGCCUUCUUCCCGCCGAACCCACCUUCGUACAAGCUCAUCACCGAUGAUCUUACUGGCCUUUUGCUUCUCAGCCCUUUCCCUCAUCGCGAAAAUGUUGAAGUUCUGAAACUGCCCACUCGCCGGAGCACUGAUAUCGUUGCAAUCUAUGUCCGGCAUCCGAUGGCAACUUCGACUCUGCUCUAUUCUCAUGGCAACGCCGCCGAUCUGGGCCAAAUGUAUGAGCUCUUCAUCGAGCUUAGCAUUCACCUGCGUGUUAAUCUAAUGGGGUACGAUUAUUCGGGUUACGGUCAAUCAUCAGGAAAGCCAUCUGAGCAAAAUACAUAUGCAGAUAUUGAGGCUGCAUAUAAGUGUCUUGAAGAAAGCUAUGGAACCAAGCAGGAAGACAUCAUCCUAUAUGGUCAAUCUGUUGGGAGUGGUCCGACUUUGGAUCUUGCAGCCCGACUUCCUCGACUAAGAGCUACCGUUUUGCACAGUCCAAUACUUUCUGGCCUACGAGUCAUGUAUCCUGUGAAACGCUCUUACUGGUUCGAUAUCUAUAAGAAUAUCGACAAAGUUUCGCAGGUUAAUUGCCCUAUUCUCAUCAUUCAUGGAACUUCAGAUGAUGUGGUUGAUUGCUCUCAUGGCAAGCAACUUUGGGAACUUUGUAAAGAAAAAUAUGAACCAUUGUGGCUAAAAGGAGGAAACCACUGUAAUCUGGAGCUCUAUCCUGAGUAUAUCAGACAUCUAAAGAAGUUUGUAUUAACAGUUGAGAAACCGCCUUCUCAACGAUACAGUACUAGAAUGAGUACAGACCAAUAUGAGCAGCCACGAAAGAGCACCGAGUUUUUCGAGAUUCCAAGGAAGAGUACAGAUAGGAGAGAAAAACCGAGGCGGAGCAUGGAUCAACCAGAGAAGCUGAAGAAUCACUCUGAUAAGUUAGACAAGUUUAGACUCUCCUUUAACCAUGGGGAAAGGUCUCGCAGGAGCGUUGAUUGUCAUGAAAAGUCACGGAAAAGCAUCGAUCACCAGCUGGAAAGAGCAAGAAAAAGCGUCGAUCGGCUCGAUAGAAUACGAACCGGGUGACAAAGACAAGAAUCCAAGAUGUAGGGAUGAUUAUUACAGAGAAGCCAUAGUCAAAGGUUGAUGAUGACAACGACAACGACAACGACGACGAACGAUUGUUUAUGUAAUCCGAAAAGGUGUUGGGAGCUAAAGACAGGGUGGCUUUUGGAAGAUGGGAAGAACAAGAAAAAAAGCAGCAUGCGCAGCUCAGCAUGAUAUGAAGAAGGCUCUGCAUUGGCAGCAUAUGGGAGGUGAGGAUUUGACUUUCUGUCUUUUUCAAACUUUUCUUCUGCACAAAUCUGUGUGAUGUCUGGUCUCCUAACACAACAUUUUGAAAUGCUUUCAAAGUUUGUCCCUUUU